CUUCGAGGCAGCAACCGCGCGCUGUAUCGAUAAAUCGAGUGCUUUAUACUGUCAGUUCAUAUUCGACGCGGAGCCGGUGAACGUGUGUGUGGUGCUCUGUUGCCUCUGUUACCAUUACGGCGAGAGUUUGCGGUUUUUCUCUUAGUACAUAAUUAAUUAUUUAAUAAUAUGAACCCCAUUGAAACGCUUCUAGAAGCUGCCGAGUACAUUGCCAGGCGAGAAAGAGAAGCGGAACAUGGAUACGCUUCAACCUUGCGAUUUCCGGAUGAUCUCAGGAGUGUGUCGAAACGGCCAAAAACGAAAAAAUCUCAGGGAAACAGGACAUCUCAUAACGAAUUGGAAAAAAAUAGGUGA